GAGAGGCCCCUCAAGAUGGCGAUGCUGGCGGAGCCCCGGAGAAAGCAGAAGUGGUCCGUGGAUCCACGAAACACCGCUUGGAGCAACGAUGACUCCAAAUUUGGCCAGAAGAUGCUGGAGAAGAUGGGCUGGUCCAAAGGAAAGGGUCUCGGGGCUCAGGAGCAAGGAAAUCCCGAACACAUCAGGGUUAAGGUGAAAAACGACGUGCUGGGAUUAGGAGCCACCAUCAAUCACGAGGACAACUGGAUUGCUCAUCAGGAUGACUUCAACCAGCUUCUGGCUGAGCUGAAUAACUGCCAUGGACAGGGUGAAACAGAAUCCUCAGUGAAAAAGAAGAAAAAGACAUUCAGCCUCGAAGAAAAAUCCAAAUCUUCCAAGAACCGUGUCCAUUAUAUGAAGUUUGCCAAAGGUAAGGAUCUCUCAUCACGCACUGAGCAGGACCUGUCUUGCAUUUUUGGGAGAAGACAGAAGAGUGCCAAGACCCAGGAGGAUAUUGCUGAUCCUGACUCCCAGGAAGAGAAGAACAACUGGCUCUCCAGCCCUGGAGAUGGUUCCAAUACAGUGAAGAGUGUUCUCACUGUCCAGGAAUAUUUCGCCCAGCGCAUGGCAAAGCUGAAGGGAUCCCAGAAGGAAACAGAAACAAAGGUGGAACAUUCCAGCCCAGCAGCUGAUGAAGCUGUGGAGCCUUCAGAAGAGCUGGAAACCAAAGUCAAAAAGAAAAAGAAGAAGCAGAAGAGAGAUGAUGAGGCAGAGUGGACAGAGGACUGUGAGAAACCAGGGAAAAAGCCCAAGACAGGGAGCUCGAAUGGAAAAGAACUGGAUAAUCCACUAAAUGAAUGUCACAAAAGGAAAAAAAAGAGGAAACAUAAAGAAGAGAAUGAAGGAGAAAACAUCAGUUGUGAGGAAAAUACAGGCAGUGGAGAAAUUUCUGUGGGAAUGUCUGAGGGGGAGGAACUCAGUGCAGGGGAGCAGGAGGAGAAGCAGAAGAAACGCCACAAGAAGAAGCACAAAAAGCAAAAAGAGGAGACAGGGGAGUGUGGGGAAGGAGCACCCAGAAAGAAAAAGAAGCACUGCAAGAACAUUUAACCCUUUCAGGCUCAGGGUUUGAGUCUGUGUUAGAGAGGCUCUGUGCAAACACAGCAUCAUUCCAGGCUUGGACACUGCUCCAGCUCCAGCUGGGACAGGCUGGAUUUAAACUCAGGCUGGAUCUAAAAUCAGGCUGGAUCUAAACUCAGGCUGGAUCUAAAAUCAGGGUGGAUCUAAACUCAGACUGGAUCUAAAAUCAGGGUGGAUCUAAACCCAGCUCUGCCAAGGGAAAACAUGUCAAAUAGGAGCUUCAGUGCCACAUUCAAAAGGGAUCCACAUGGAGGAUUAACACAUCAAGACUGUGAAAGGCAGGGAAUGACUUUCUGCUGCUUCACAUUGACUGUGUUUUUCUCAAUUCAGGAAAGAAAAAUAAAAUAAAAUUACCCUAGUACUGCCUUUUUAUUAAAAUUGUUUUCACUUGUGAGAGCCCAGCUCUGCUUCUGGAAGUAGGAGGGGGUUUGCAAAGCUGUCUCUGUUUUCUCAUUGAUUUUUGCAACGUGGUGUCCAAUUUUUACAUUCAUCUCUUUUUACAUAUAAAAUGAAUGUUAUUUCUUCCCAAAAUGCUUACUCUGAUUAAAAUUUUGCUCCUGAGUGUCAGCACUAAAGGGUGAAAUAAAAAGACCUCUCUGUGCCUCCAAACCAUUCUCAAACAGUUGUAACUUUGCACCAAAGCUAAAGGAAAUGUGUAUGAACUUUAUCAUUUAUUAACCAUACCUAAAUCUUUGAUUUCCAGGAAAUACUCAGGAGCUCUUCACAGUUGCCUCUGGAAUCCAUAAAGCUGCCUUGGAUAGAGUCAGGUUUGUUCCUGAAAUUGGGAAUCCAAUAGAUCUUGAAAGCACAGUCAGAUUGCUGUGGCCAUUCACACAUUGAAAACUUGCAGUUUGGAUUUAUAACCAGAGCUUGUUUCUCAUUGUAAGCCUGGAAAUAAGGAAUGCUGGAACUGGGCACUGCCACGAGCAGUUUUGUGGGAGAUCUGAAACACUCAGCAUGAUUUCUGGCAUUUUAAUGUCACUCAGAGCUGUCAGAAGAGAUGGGUAAGCCUGGAAGUGGUGGAAUGGGAAGAAGGAUUCACCAUCCUGGUGUCCUGUUCUGAUACUUUGGCCACAGAAAACUUGACAGCACAACCCUGAACACCAAGCCAGUUAUCCUGGCAGAAUCCAGCAUCCAAAUCCAUGAGCUGCUCAUUUCAUCCAGGCCUGGCUGGCUUUCAUCAGUGUAAAUCUAAAACAUCCCAUUGGCUGCUCUGCUGAAGAAAAUGGGUACAUUUUUAUAUUGUCUCAGCUCAGCAGAGUUGCUUAACAUGGUCUGAGGAACAUUGUCAAGAUGCAGAUGUUAAUAGGGAAAAGAAUUUCCUUAAGCUGCCUUUAUUGUGCAGUGGAGGAAGCACCCAGACCACAUGGAUAGUUUGGUUGCAGCUCAACUCCUCCUUUUUUAAGAUCUCUUGGUUUCCAAAGCACCUUUUUUUUUUUCCCUGCCCUCAGGACAUGCUCAUUCACUGCAGCAAAAUGAAGUUUCACUUCUUGUUUGGGAGAACAAGAUGCCUUUUUCCCUGGAUUUCACAUGCCAGGGGCUCUAACCCUUGUUGCAUCUCCUUUUCAGGCUGUACAAUUAUUAUUCACCAUGAUCUGUCUGUCCCUGGCUUCCUUAAAUGAAAUACCACUAAAUACCAUCAGUUGUUGUCAAACUGGGAGGAAACUCCAUGCUUGAGGUGAAAAAAUCAUCUUCUCAGUGGAAGAAGACAGCAAAAUAAUGUUUUAUGUUAAACUGAUGCAUCCCUCCCGAUUUCUUGCUCACCACAAGUCAGAUUUUUUAUUAUUAAUUUUGUUAUUAGAAUCCAAAAGCCUGAUUGUUUCCAGUUAUUAUUUUUUAACUCUUAACCCAACUAAACUUUACAGCCUCUCUGGGAUUUCAGUUUAAAAAGGUGCUAGUGAAGGAAUAAGGUUUCCUUCUCCAAAUACUGCUGGGCUUGUUUGUUUGUUCCCUCUGUGAAUUUUCAAGUUUCUGUGUGCUGAUUCUUGUGGGUGCUUGGCCACAUUCCAGUGUCAGUUACAGGAAGAAUAAAACCAGCAAUAAACCUUUAAAUUUGUGCUGUUGCUCCUGUUAAAUUCAGGAUACCCAAGACUUAAAUCUGGCUCAGAUGAAAGUAUCAGCUACCAAUGGAAGAUUCUCUAUUUCUGAAAUAAAUACACGGCACUUUAUCCCGGGAAAUGUGGAAUUUUAAUGUGCCCCAAGCUCUGCAUGUGGUUGUAGGAGGGGAAAAUCAUAAUAAAUAAAUAAUCAUAAAUCAUAAAUUGCUUGUAUUUGACAGAGGCAAUUUAUUUAAUUGCUCUGCUCUGUGUUUGUGGUCAGCAUUACUCAAUGAAAAGCUCUUCUUACCAGAUCC